AUGACAAAUUUAAUUCCAUCGACACUAUCAUGUUUUAUAUUUUUGAUAACAAUUAAUCAUUCCACCCAAUUAUUCUUCGGAGGUGGUGGUUGUGGUGGAAGAAAUGUAUAUCAACCACCACCUUGUUCAUGUUCUCCUAUUGCUCGUCCAACAUAUUCUUCUCCAUGUGCAAGUGCAAAUAAUUAUUAUCAAAGACCUGUAUAUCAACAACCACAGCCUGCAUAUUAUGCACCACAAAAACAAUCAUAUAUUCCUCCCCCACCAAUUUCAUCUCAUUCAACUUAUGAAAUAUCAACACCAAGAUCUCAAGUUUAUAUAAAACCAACAACUCGAGUAACUCCUGAAGUUGGAUAUACGGAAGAUUCGAAUACACCAUUGAUUAUUGAAAAAUCGUUGAAAAGUCUUACAGAUCAGGAUGUGAGUUAAGAAAACAGUUCAAAUUUCAAUUCUGAUACAUUAUACGUGUAUUUUUAAAGAACAAUUUUUGGGGAGUUUUUAUAUUUAAGUGUCACCACAAUUAUUUUUUUGUAAGUUUCGUUACCUUCAGAGUUUUUUUUUCAAAUUUUCCAGUCUUUGUCAACUUUUGAAUCAUCCCUUGAAACUUAUAAAAUGCAAAAUCGAGGUGGAUUGAGAAGAGCUCAAGCUGCAAAACAAAUUGAUUUUGAAGACGGUGAAAAAUGUUCGAGUAUUGAAUUGAAGAAAAUAAUUCUAGAGGUUUGUAAAAUUAAAGCCCUCAAAUUAACCUUGCAACUAUUUUGCAGGCAAUAUCUGAAAAUGUGUCGAUUUCGAAACUUCGAAUAUCACAAAAAGCCAAGAAAAUAUUUGGUUAUAAUUUCGAUGUGAUCUGCAGUGAACAUGAUUUUUCGUAUCUGAUUUCGUCAAAUAUUCAUUGUCGUGUUCAAAGAUACGGUCUAAUUUGUCUCGCUUAUGAAAAUUGA